AUGCUAGAGGCCAAUUCCUCAAGAAAAUCGAAUGUCAAUGACCAUCCGUUUAACAAAAUAGAUGAUUUAAGAGCGGCAAUAGAUGCCAAGCUCCAUGAACGAGGAAUCUACGAACAAAUCCGAGAGCUGGUGAAUGCAAAAGCAUCAAAAGUAUCAAUUGAUGAAAAUGAGAACCAACCGAAUAGUGAGGAAAAAAUUUUCAACAGUGAAACAGCAGAUUCGAAAGAAGAGCAAGUUAUCCACGAAGUUUUGGAGAGUGAACUCGUUCAGCAGCUAUUGCUUAAACUUCGGUCGAUGGAGUUUGCAGCCCCUGAAAAGUUAAUCGAGCAAAGUGAUGAAAGUGCUGUUGGAGUAGAAGACACACGAGAAGUUGUUCUUUACUUGAGGCUGUCUGAAGGAAAGGCAUUCGUCGAUCAAAUGGUAGAUUUUGAACAUAAUGACGGGAACACGAACGAAGAAGUAGAAUUAGGUUUGAAGGACAAUAGGUGCCCUGUUGGUAGUGUUGUGGCCUUUUUUCGCGUGAAUGCUUCGUUUCAGAAACAACGUCAAAGCUCUCACGAUAUCCAAUGCUGUGUAGAUCCUACUUUUGAUGCGCACUUUCGUUUUCAUGUGAAAAAGAGGAAAUCUCGUACUGCGAGAAGUCGAGACAGAUCACAUUUUGCAGUUGACGUCAUGUCACCAUGGGAAGCGUUAUGUUUCAUAGAGGAACCGGUACAACUUGAUCUGGUAAAGGUCAGAAAAAGGUUUUUACGAAGAGAUGAUAACGGUAUUGCUAUCUGGCAAGAGCUUUCGCGGGAAUUGAUUGCAGUUCAUCGCCUUGAUUGGAGACGAAUUUUGUGCUCGACUCUUGAAUUUGUACACUUUCCCAUUCAGCUUACCGGAAGGAUGAAAGAACCAGUCGGAACGUUAGACCUUCGUGCUAAUUUGUUGAAUUGUAAACGAACUGCAAGUAUUGCUCGCGAAGUUCGGUCAUUUCUCAAUAAAGAGGCUCUUCAGCGCAAUGCAAGCAAUCAUACCUUUUUCAAGUACGCAAAACAAUGGUGGGAGGACUACCGAAAUGAAACACGUGAAGACAUUAAUGGACCUGACGACGGAUCAGUGGAUGAGCACGUACAAUCGCUUGCAAAAAUUGAUUUUCGACAACGUCUCGUCAAGAUGUUUGCCGAAGACGAAGAAGGUCGUUAUCGUAUGAUGUGCAAAUUUAUCGUGCCCUUACGUGCUCGCAAAGCCGUAAGAAGCCCAAGUGAAGCUGCUCGCUUUGUUUGUUUGCUCCCGUACGAGUCAAACUCACUUGCUGGAGGUGGAAAUGAUGAACCGUGGCGAUCAAUACCGACGAUAUUAUCAACUCGAAAAGGUAACGCUCAAGACCAUGCGAUUUUGCUUGCAUCGCUACUUUUAGGCUGCGGUCUUGACGCAUACAUUUGCAUCGGCACCAUUUCUGCAUGUAAAAGUGCAUCACGCUUUACACGAGGAUCUCAGGACAGCAAUGACGACCGAGGAUUGGCAGAAGUCGGCCAUGUUUGGGUACUCACGCGAGGAACCUGCACUUCGGACGUAUUUUUGUGGGAGGCAGUGACGGGUGAAAAGUUUUGCGUGCAUGAUGCUCGAGCUCCCAAACGACGAGGUUACUGUGCCAUAGAUUGUGUCUUCAACCAUCGUCGAUACUUUGCAAAUCUGCAGCCUCGAGCGUGUAAGCUUGCUGAGUCUUCGUUUGACUUUGAUGACGAAACGUGCUGGAAAUGUAUGGACGAAAAUCUUAUCGCUGAUCUUCCGUUUAAGCAACCGCAGACUGCUUUACUGCCUCCCGAUGUAAUCUCAGCUAGCCGGCAAGAGGACGAAUGGACGGUAAUAUUGCAGCGAGCAAUCGCGUCUCGCCGAAGAGAUGACGGUUUUAUGACAGUUUGGAGCGAUGAAUUGAGCUUUUACCUUCUGCCAGCACUCAAUUCGUACGAGCUGGAACGUUUGUAUGAAGUCACUCAAGUUGACAAUAUUUUUUUCCGGCAAAGUGUGUCCAAUUUCGUCCAGGAAGGUUACACAUUUCAAGGUGUGCCCUUAGUGUUUACCUUUGAAUCCCCAGACGAAGCUUUAGAUAUUUUCAUGUCCAACACGCUUGUCUCUGACAUUCUGACCAUUCACGCUCGAUCGGCGCAAUUUGCUAUCGCUGUUCGUUGUUUUCCAUAUGCUGAACACACGGUUGCUACGUGGGUCAUGCUAGCUCACAAUACAAGUAAAAUGACUUCUAAAGAAAUGAGUGCUGGGAGCCUCGAGACAAAAUCAAAUGAAGGCCUAUUGUCGCUGGAAGAAGUGUCGAUUAUGAUCCAGAAAAUGAGAGAAGAACAAACCUCGUUUUUUGAUCAGCAGCGUGAUUUGAUCAUUCAGCAGGUUCUGGAGCGCAUUCACAAAUCGGGUGUGUAUAUUGCUAAACCUUCUACAAAAAAUAAAGCAAUCAAAGGCACUGCAUACUCAUCAAGAGAACAACUUACAAAAGAUAAUAGCAAAGAGGGAGCUAUCGAAACUUAUAAAUACAAAAAAUACAAAAAGGAUGGAGAUUUUCGAUCGAAAUCUAAAAGUCAACAAGAACAUGAGGAUAAACACCAAGAUCUUCUAACUCCAAGUCAACAGCUAAAAAGUUCAAUUUCAAAAUCAUCAUUAAAGAGUAUUUAUCGGAAAAAAGGAAUACCAGAAUCAAAGUGGCGAGAUAAUCGACGACCUAGUAGUUUAGAUGCGAGAAAUGAAAGUCGGGCUCAAUUGAAUUUGACCGACAAAGAUUCUGCAGGUUCAAUUGAAACUAUCGAAAUUGCAUUUGCAAAUGUACGAGAUAAAGUGGAUCCGAAGACUUUGGCAAUUCUUCAUCACUCCGAGAUGCUUCUCGACCAAGUUAAACAUACAUCGAUGACGAACGUAGGGACUACCAGCUUUGUGGAGAAACUACGACAGCGACAAGCUAGUGCCGACUAUACAGCAGAUGAUUGUUAUAGACUCGAGAAGGACGGCGAAGAUCAAAGGCCCUCUGAGAAACGAGUCAAAAUGCCAUCAGAAAUAUCGGAAGAAAACUUGAAAUAUGAUGCAACUGCUAAAAGCGAGAUCGAUAAAGUAUCUUUCGAUAAUAUCCGUUGUGACAUGGACCUCUUACAGCCUCAUUGUAAACCACCUGAUAAUGAUAAAGAGUGGGAAAAUGAAUUAGCACGGCAGAUCUUGACUAUCUAUGCAACUUCCGUGAAAGCACUUGAGAAGUCAUCUACUUAUAGCUUGGAAAAGAGAAAAAUGAUGGCCUUAAAUUCUAGCUUGUCGAACAAUGCUGAUGGAAAGCGGCAGGUUCAGACUUUUGGAAAAGAAAAAACAGCGACAGAUCGAAGACUUUUAAAACAGUCGAGCUUGCUCCCUGCGAUUGAGAAAAAAGGAGCUGUAAAGUUCUCAAAUCGGCGCGCUUCCCCCUUCUCAGCAGCUAUAUGCCAUUCAUGGGAGCCGUCUCAGAUUCGAGAUGACGGCAAAGUUAUCAUUAAUAUGCCCAAAAUACCUCGACCGAUCUGGUUUGCCGGCACUGGCGCUGUUAAGGCAGUUUGGUGUGCGCUCGCUAAUGGACUCGCCGAAUUGCGGCCUCAGCACACAAACACAACAACAAAUUUAUCUACAACGUCCAUGUGUGAACACCAAUUAUGUGAGGAAGUUCGACAACUAGAAGCAAAAAAAAAGUUUGCGCACUGCAUCUCGAUCCUUGAAUCGCUCUUAACUUCUUUAAUUCGAUCUCAUGGAGCCGACAAACUGGAGACGCAACUUUGGAAACAGUUGGUUGUGACUUGUAAUGCUUUUGCAAGUCGAUGCAUCGAUUAUCGAAAAUUUUCAGCUGGCUUGCAGUUGAUGAAGCAGGCAGAACAUCUGAUUGACAACUCCAUUUUGACGCCGCAGAACACACGCGGGGCUUCAGUACAUUAUGAAAGCUUAUGA